UCCAACGGGAUUUGCCGGCAGUCAGCCGUAUCAUACACCGGCUGAGCACGGCCUAUAUGCGCGCGUGACUCACCCACUCUUUGCCGAGAAGAGCAGCCGCGCCUGUGCGCUGCUCGGCAUCCUGUCAUGCGCCGGCACUGCUCCUCCUCGAAACUAUCGAUCCGCCGCUCGGCUGGCGCUGCGGUUAAAACGUGCUGCAUCGCCGUUUAAUGUUCACACUCGCGUUAUAAUUAUCCGCAUCCGCGGAAUUAUUUCCUCCCGUGCCUGCUGUGCAUUGUACCCUCGAUCGCUCCCAUUCCCGUCGCCAUGGCCGACGACACCCAGUCCCCGUUGAAAUCCCGCCGCGAGCGCUGGAUCAACAAACCCUGGAAGAGCCUGACGCUGCUGCGUCCGCGCAGUAAGGACCGCAGCGACGCGCCCAGCGCCGCCUUCCGGCAGGUCUUCUGGCCCAGUCAGGAGGCGGUGUUGGUGGAGCAGCUGCCCGGGAAGUUCACCCUGGGCUACGCCUGCGACGUGGACACCCACACCCACCGCGUCAUGGUCGAUCUGCGCUGCCACAACACGCCGCCGCAGUGGGUGCCCGCCGACACGGUGUGGGCGCACUUCCCGGCGGACCGGGAGCACCUCCGUCCGCACACCCCCGCACUGGCCGCGCUGCGCCGGGACUCCGCGGCCCCCCGCGUCUUCCAGCCGGGCGUGGUCCUCUUCGCCGAGCCGAAAUGCCGCGCCGGCCUCCUGUACGUCGAGACGCAGGCCGACCGCCACGGGCCGCGACUGCGCCGCUUCGUCCACCCGGUGCACCUCCGCGUCGUCGUCCCAGGCGCCGACGGACGCCCCCGCAUCCCGGAUCUGGAGCUGCUGACGCAGCGCCUGACGGGGAAGAGCACGUGGCGCUUCCACCACGUGGCGGUCGGCCUGGAGCCCGGGCAGCACGAGCUGCUGGAUCUGCAGCUGCUGCUGGCCACGGUGCGCAAGUACCGCACGGUGCUGCGCAUCAGCGUGGAGGAGGAGCGCGUGACCUUUGCGCUGAAGGAGUGGAACAGCUGCGAGCCCCUCACCGAGACGCACCUCAAGACCUUCGUCAAGGGGGCGCUGCGCGGCUACGUCGAUUCGCCAGAGCCGGUGCGGGCCAACCGGCGGGCGGCGGUGUAUCCGCUGGAGGAUAAGAGCAGUGUCGGCUUGGGGCGGUUGCCUUAUGAACUGCAGGAGGACAUCCUAAUGGAGAUCGAGGACAUCCACAGCGUCGUCAACGCGCAAAGGGUGUGCCGCGGCUGGCACGAAGCCCUGACCCGCAACCGGCGCGCCAACCACGUGGCCGUCGACCUGAACAAAACGGUAACGGCAACAGGAAGCCGGAAGCCGGACGAAAAGUACAACCUACCGCACCUGGUCAACCUGCUGGACAACAGCGUCAACGAGGCCACCGUCUCCUUGACCCUCAUCGGCGACAUCAACCCGGCAACGGAGCUGACCGUCGUCCACUUCCUCACCGCCCGCAACAUCCGCCUGCCGCUCAUCAUCCUCAAGAAGUCCUCCUGCUGGCGCCCCCUCACGCAGAACCAGCCGGAGCAAUCGCUGGAGCUGGCCAAUCUCAGCCAGUUGAUGCGCGUCUGCCAGACGUUGCGGCUGCAGGAGGUGACCUUUCCGGGACUGUUCGGGCCCAUCGCCGGGCUGUGGUGCUCGCCGGCCCGCGUGCGCACCGACGUGGAUGUGCAUGUGCGCCGGGCGGAAGUGGACUGCAUGGACAGCGCCGAGCAGCGGCUGGUGCGCUUCCUGCACAUCCUGAAUGACAACUGCCCGGAGCUGAGUAGCGGCGAGUGGGAAGUCAUCAGCGCUGCGUGUGAUGCGCUGGCGGCGUGUGCCGGACAUCCCUUUCGCAGCCGGCUCUUCCUCAUGCUGGCGCUGUUGAACGACACGCGGCCGUGUCAGCCGCGUGCCCUCGUGCACCAGCCGGCACUGUCCCGUUUAGCCGCGCACGCCUUCCGCUACUCGUAUCCCGGCGAAGUGCCCUCCAGCGGCCGCAGCCAGGGACGCGCGCUGCCGCGGGCGCACAGCAUCACCUUCCAGACGGAGGGCACCUGGAAUAUCGCCGUGCCGCAGUCCCGCCGCACCAUAUGUAUGCUGCCGGGGUUGCCGUCCUUCUAGGGCGUGUACGAGUACAGAAUACCGGACAUGUCCCAUUAUUCGCCUUACCGGAUGUGUCGACUAUUUAUAUGUAUGCUUGCAGGAAAGUGACAGCUCGCCAAAGCAUUUAUUUAUUUUAUUUCCGCUACAGUAUUUAUUGAUAAACCAAAGCAGAUUACACUACCAAAGCAAAUUUGUUUAUUUUAACUGUUAAUGUAAUCAGUACGUACGUGCAUAAUUAACUGGUUCUGUUUGUUUUACGCAGAGCGGAUACAGUUUAUUCAAGCCCUCAAGAAGUGUUUAUUUAUUACAAACUGUAUGUAUAAUUUUUCUGUAUAAAUAAACAGAGAUCACAUUCUAUCAAGAAAGUGCACAAUGCAUGUGUCGCAUAAAUAAAACCGCUGAUAAAUAAAAAUAAA